AUGGUUUUCAUGCGAGAUACUCAUGACACCUCUGGCUGUCUGACAGGUUUGAAAAACAUUGGGAACACGUGCUACAUGAACGCAGCUCUGCAGGCGCUGUCCAACUGUCCGCCGUUGACGCAGUUUUUCCUGGAAUGUGGCGCUCUGGUGAGGACGGACAAGAAGCCAGCGCUCUGUAAAAGUUACCAGAAACUCGUGUCUGAUCUGUGGCACAAAACCAGACCCUCCUACGUCGUGCCGACCACUCUGUUCCAGGGGAUCAAAGCCGUGAACCCCAUGUUCCGAGGAUACUCUCAGCAGCCGUUUAUGCGACGCAGCAUUAAACCUGCUGUAGCCUACCCGCCUCUCACUGCUCCAUUUGUAACUGCAGAAAUCUCAUUAAGUCCAUCUCGAAUCACUGGACCAGACAAACUCCAGUCUCUCUCAUGCACUCUCCGCUCUCAGCUGAACACCACGGGCCCAUAG